AUUUUCUGUUCAGCAUUAGACUUCCUCGUUUUUCUCCAGCAGAAGAUGGUCUAUGAGGCCAAAUCCUGUAACUUAAAGUCUUUUAAGAGAGAAUUAAGUGCUUUACUAACAAGUCUUGAUAUCAAAUCCAUGCUUGUGUGAAAGCGAGAGCGUGGAGUGUAUUGCUAAAGAGCAACCUGGUGAUUCAUCUGUUAACUCCUUCUGGGCAGAAGUUGCUUGUUUGAGCCCAGUUUGCUCUAAUACCCUGUUUGUCUGCUAGCAUUUUUGGAAAGGUCCUUUUGGGGCAGUACAUGCUCUUCUGCAGGUGUACAUCUGAGGUAUCUGCAUUAUUCAUUUAUUUUGUUGCCUUGGGAAAUUUUGUCGGAGCACAAAACUUCAGGUCCUGCCAGGACCUUAACCCAACUUUAACUAUUUGUGUUGUCUUGUACAUGAAAUGUUUUGGUUAGGUAAGAGGAGUUGUUUGUUCUAGGGAUGAUGGGUGUAAUAGCUUCUCUUCACAAUGUUUUUUUUUUUCCUAUCUGAAUCGUUUUUUAUUGCAGAGGAUGUCUGUUCUAUGGUCCACCAGGAACUGGAAAGACCCUGGUUGCACGUGCCCUUGCGAAUGAGUGCAGCCAGGGGAACAGGAGAGUGGCUUUUUUUAUGAGGAAAGGUGCAGACUGCCUCAGUAAAUGGGUCGGAGAGUCUGAAAGGCAACUUCAUUUAUUAUUUGAUCAGGCAUAUCGCAUGAGGCCUUCAAUUAUUUUCCUCGAUGAGAUUGAUGGUCUUGCUCCUGUCCGGUCCAGUAAACAAGACCAGAUUCAUAGCUCCAUCGUAUCAACGCUUCUGGCACUCAUGGAUGGGUUAGACAGCAGAGGGGAGGUGGUUGUCAUCGGUGCGACCAACCGACUGGAUUCCAUCGAUCCAGCGUUACGAAGACCUGGACGCUUUGACCGCGAAUUCUUCUUUGGCCUCCCAAAUAAAGAGGCUAGAAAAGAAAUUUUCAAGAUCCAUACCUGUGACUGGACUCCUAAGCUGCUGGACACCUUUAUAGAUGAGCUUGCUACAGAAUGUGUUGGGUACUGCGGAGCUGACAUAAAAUCUUUGUGUGCUGAGGCUGCUCUCUGUGCCCUCCGCCGACGCUAUCCUCAGAUCUACUCCAGUAGUGAGAAAUUGCAACUCGACGUCAAUUCUAUUAAAAUAAAAGCGGAAGAUUUUAUGAUGGCUAUGCAGAAAAUCAUUCCGGCGUCACGGAGGGCUGUGCCAUCACCGGGCCAAGCACUGUCACCUAUUAUGGCACCACUCCUAGGAAAUACACUCUCGAGAAUCUUACAAGCCCUACAGAGGGUAUUUCCUCAUGCAGAGCUUGCACUGAAGAAGGACCAGCAGCAAGGCAAUUUAAAUUCUUUCUUAAAAGGUGAUGCAUUUGACAGAAAUUAUGAAUCCCCCUCAAUCUUUGAAGAGAAUGUAACAGAUACAACGAUUCGCAGACCACAGGGAAAAUUCCUUGAUUUUAGUAGGAAAGCUUACUGGCAGCCUACAUCCUGCAGGCCACAUCUGCUGUUAGCAGGAAAGGCAGGAUGUGGCCAGGCAUCCCACUUGGCACCUGCUGUUUUGCAUGCUCUGGAAAUGUUUCCAGUUCAUACUCUGGACAUGUCAGUUUUAUUUGUUAACACGUCAUCACCUGAAGAGACAUGUGCACAGUUGAUCCGAGAAGCUCAGAGGACAGCACCAAGCAUAAUUUAUAUCCCACACAUCCAUUUGUGGUGGGACAGUGUUGGAGCUACGCUGAAAGCUACCUUUCUAUCACUAAUUCGGAACAUUCCAACAUUUGCUCCAGUCUUGCUGCUUGCAACAUCAGAUGUCUGUCACACAGCUCUCCCGGAUGAGGUACAAACAUUGUUUAGCAGUGAUUUUGGAGAAGUUUUCAAUAUCCAAUCUCCCAGUGAGGAUGAAAGAAAACAUUUUUUUGAGGACUUGAUCUUGACUCAAGCUGCUCAACCUCCCGCUUCAAGAAGGAAAGCAGCUGGGCAGACAUUGGAAGUAUUGCCUGUAGCACCACCACCUGAACCUCGACCUCUGACAGAGGAAGAAAUGAAGUGUCUGGAGGAGCAGGAGAAAAAUACCUUGCGUGAACUUCGAAUUUUCUUGAGGGAUGUUACUCACAGACUUGCUGUCGACAGACGUUUCAAGGCCUUCACAAAGCCUGUUGACCCAGAGGAGGUGCCUGACUAUGACACAGUUAUUAAGCAUCCAAUGGAUCUUUCAACGGUUUUAUCUAAGAUUGAUUUGCACCAGUACCUAACUGCAGGAGAUUUCCUGGAAGAUAUUGAUCUCAUCUGUAGUAAUGCCUUAGAAUAUAACCCGGAUAAAGACCCUGCAGAUCGUCUCAUUAGGCACAGAGCUUGUAGUUUGAAAGACACUGCAUAUUCCAUUGUGAAGGAAGAGAUAGAUGAAGAUUUAGAACAGCGUUGUGAAGAAAUUAAAGAAUCUCGUAAGAAAAGAGGUUGCAGCUCUUCAGAAUAUGCUCCAGAUUUCUACACAGUGAUGGCAAAGGAAAACUCUGCUCCUGGAUGUAAGAAAACAGAUGCCGAGUGCAGUGACAAAACAAAGAUGACAGUGACACCUGUAGAUGCCAGUACACCUGUCUCCAAGGAGGUGUCAAAAAGAAAACACAAAAAAACCGAUUCCUCUUUUUCCAUUGCAAAGAGAAGAAGGUCUUUUCAAUUCAAUAAAGAGAAUACAAUUCCCAAAGAUGACCCAAAUGAGAGGGACGGAGAAGAUUUUCUGGCAAGCUAUAUUUCUAACAUGGAUCAGACUGAAUUUGAACGCUCACAGGCUUCUACUUGGGAAGAAAGUGAAACUGUUCUUCAGGAACGGCAGACAAACAGCAAUGAAAAUAAAGCUGGAUCAGAAAAGGAGAGAGGGGGGGGGCUUUUUGAUAUGGAUACAUCUGCUGGUGAAAAGGAGAGUGUCGGGCUGCCUGGACACUCAGACCUGAGAAGGGAAAGUGGUGUUUGCCAAAAACCAGACUCCUCUGAAAAGCAAGAGGCAAAUGAUCCUUGUGUAAUUCCCGUGACUCGUGCAAGAUGUUCUCAGACCGAACAGAGGCACACGAGUGCUGAAAAAGUGAUGGACAUUAUGACAGAGUCACCUAUUGUAGUGAUGGUGGAUUACUGUGAGCUCAAACAACUGCUGGAUAUGGUCACUGAUCUAACAAAGGAGGCUGAUAUAUUCUAUUUUGAAAAAUUAUAUGCUAAAAUUUGUCAGUGUAUUUAUCAACACCGAGACGAUUAUGACAAAACCGAAUUACUGAAGGUAAUGAAGAAAGAAUUUAAAGCCUUAGCACGAAUGUGAUCUGUGACAUCCUUGAUUUCUGUUCUGCAAAGUUGUUUUCGUUGGAUGUUCUUCUGUUAUUGUUGCGUGUAAUUCAGUACUUUAUGUAGAUAGAACAAAUAUAUCUUAAUGUAUAUUUUUAAUGUUCAGAAACUCUUUUUAAGUGUGUUUAUUUUGUAUUCUUUCCCUGUAUUUGUUGAUAUUUUGUGAUGAAUAGCGAACUCAGACAGAAGGAGUACGGUCUUCUGAGAUCAGUGCGUUCAGCCGUCCUCUGCAAUGCACAGCACCUUAACCUCGUGUUGUGUGCUUUGUGAAGUACUGCAGUCAGUGCCUUUGUCACAACGUAGAUGUGAAUGUCUUCCAGAUGCUUCCAGUGCCUCUUCUUAAAAGAAAAGGAUGGAGAAAUGGAUAAGCCUAUAUCAUCCUUUCUCAGACACAUAUUUUUUUCUGCAGAAAUCCCUGGUGAUGUAUAUUGUACAGCACAGUAUGUGAGGGUUUUAAAACGAGUCUGAUUCUGACAUGUGAAAUCUAAUGCCUUUAGAAAACUCUCAGUGCAGUUCAGAGACUUCUUUGGUUUUGUUUUUUUAAAUUGCCUGAUAGCAUCUCAGGUGGCUUUCCUGGAAUUAACAACAGAAAGACAGUCUGGGAGAAAACGUUUCCACAAAGAUUUUUUGCUAUGGCAUAUUUUCAACAAUUAAAAUCCCAGCUUGAGAGGCAAAGCCAGGCUUGGUAUUGAAACUUCCUAACAUGAUGCUUGGUCUUGCUUCUAACAGUGACAAUCUUUAUACUGGAAAAUAGUAUUUUUAAUAUUUAUUAAUUUAAUGUAAAUUAUUAGUUGAAUUAAAUUUGUAAAUAAUUUUCUUAGUGACGAAGAGAGAAUCUAUUUGUCUAUUUCUUGAAAAUCAACUGUAUUUCACCAAAAAUAUAUGUAAGAAAUAUCAGAGCAAGACUCUGUUUUAGAGGUCAAUUCCUCUUCAAACCAGUGGAGAAAAUUAAUGUGACAACUGUUUAAAUUAACGUAAGAUGGGGGAAGGUUUUGUUUUCAAAAAACAAUUGUAUCGUGAUGAAAUAUGUAGCAGUAUCUGUUGCUGGUAUGUCACCAAAUACCUAACUGUGCAAUCCCCGAGUGUGCUUUCUUAUGUGUGUUGUUUCUUUCUAGUGUGUGCCAACAUUUCUAAACUAUGUGGGUUUUUUUUCCUCUGUAUUGUUUGGAUGAGUAUUAAUGAGAAAUGAAUGUCCAUUUGUUUCUUUCGAUUCAUUAAAAAUCUUAAAAACA